GCUGGACCGGAAGCGGCCGCGCGGCGGAGAGCAGCGACGCGCUGAUGGGGUCCGGGUCGCGGAGCCCCGCGGGGCGCUCGCGGCACCGGAGCCGCAGGGAAGCGGGCGGGUCCCGGGAGAGGAGGCGCCGCCGCCGCCGGUCCCGCUCGGGGUCCAGCAGCGAUGGAGGCGGCCGGGCUCGGGGUAGCGAGACGCGGCGGCGCAGGAAGCCGGGCUCGGGCUCUGACUCUGAUGAGAGGCAGAGAUGGGGAAAGAAGAAAAGCAAAAGCAGGGACCGGCACCACAAAAGCCAGAAGAAACUCCGCUCUCGGUCACGGGAGCACUUCUCUAGCUCAGACUCUGAGGAAGAGAGAGAGAAGAAAAGAGGCCGCAGCAGAGAGAGGAGAAGAAAGCGAUCCCGUUCCAGGUCUUCUGUGUCUUCCGUCACAUCUCCCUCUCCUUCACGUUCCCAGAGCUCCAGGGAGGAGCUGGGACAACAGCUGAGCCUUCAGGAGCGACUCAGACUGAAAGAGGAGAAGAAGAAGCAGGCUGAGAUGAUGAAGGCGUUGGAAACACCAGAGGAGAAGAGAGCUAGGCGGUUGGCGAAGAAGGAAGCCAAGGAGAGGAAAAAGCGUGAGAAGAUGGGCUGGGGGGAGGAAUACAUGGGCUACACCAACACUGAUAACCCCUUCGGGGACAACAACCUGCUAGGCACCUUCAUCUGGAGCAAGGCCCUGGAGAAGAAAGGGAUUGGUCACCUGGAGGAGAAAGAACUGAAGGAGAGAAACAAACGAAUCCAGGAAGACAACCGCCUGGAGCUGCAGAAGGUGAAGCAGCUGCGCUUGGAACGGGAGCGAGAAAAGGCGAUGCGCGAGCAGGAGCUGGAGAUGCUGCAGCGGGAGAAGGAGGCAGAGCACUUCAAAACCUGGGAGGAGCAAGAGGACAACUUCCACCUCCACCAGGCUAAGCUGCGAUCAAAAAUCCGGAUCCGAGAUGGCCGUGCCAAACCCAUCGACUUGCUGGCCAAGUACAUCAGUGCAGAGGAUGAUGACCUGGCAGUGGAAAUGCAUGAGCCUUAUACAUUCCUGAAUGGCCUGACAGUCUCCGACAUGGAGGAUCUGCUGGAGGAUAUCCAGGUUUAUAUGGAACUGGAGCAGGGCAAGAAUGUGGAUUUCUGGAGGGACAUGACCAUUAUCACUGAGGACGAGAUAGCCAAACUCCGUAAACUAGAGGCUUCUGGGAAAGGCCCAGGAGAGCGCCGAGAAGGAGUCAAUGCCUCCGUCAGCUUGGAUGUGCAGUCAGUGUUCAAGGGGAAGACGUACAACCAGCUGCAAGUGAUCUUCCAAGGGAUUGAGGGCAAGAUCCGAGCAGGGGGGCCCAACCUGGACAUCGGUUAUUGGGAGAGUCUGCUGCAGCAGCUUAAAGCAUAUAUGGCCCGAGCCAGGCUUCGGGAGCGGCACCAGGACGUGCUGCGCCAGAAGCUGUACAAGCUGAAGCAGGAGCAGGGAGUGGAGAGCGAGCCUCUCUUCCCCAUCCUGAAGAAGGAGCCGUCUUCUCCCAGCAACAGGCCGGACCCAGAGGAGAGCGCUCCAGCGCACCCUGGCCCCUCCACAGCGGGAGCCCCCUCGGAGGGGGGUGGAGAUGCAGAGGCCAAGGGCGAGGGGGAGGGGGAAGCGGUGCUGAUGGAGGAGGACCUGAUUCAGCAGAGCCUGGAUGACUACGAUGCCGGGAGGUACAGCCCCAGGCUGCUGAACUCGCACGAGCUGCCCUGCGACGCCCAUGUGCUAGAGGCUGAGGAGGAUCUCCAGCGGCUGCUGCUCUUGAGACAACAGCUCCAGGUCACAGGAGAUGCUAGCGAGAGUGCCGAGGACAUUUUCUUCCGCAGGGCCAAGGAGGGCAUGGGCGCCGACGAGGCCCAGUUCAGUGUGGAGAUGCCCCUGACGGGCAAGGCCUACCUAUGGGCCGACAAGUACCGGCCCCGGAAGCCCCGCUUCUUCAACCGGGUCCACACAGGCUUUGAGUGGAACAAGUACAACCAGACGCAUUACGACUUCGACAACCCGCCACCUAAGAUUGUGCAGGGCUACAAGUUCAACAUCUUCUACCCCGACCUGAUUGACAAGCGCUCCACGCCCGAGUACUUCCUGGAGGCCUGCCAGGACAACAAAGACUUCGCUAUCCUGCGCUUCCACGCUGGCCCGCCCUACGAGGACAUCGCCUUCAAGAUUGUCAACCGCGAGUGGGAGUACUCACACCGCCACGGCUUCCGCUGCCAGUUCGCCAAUGGCAUCUUCCAGCUCUGGUUCCACUUCAAGCGAUACCGUUACCGCAGGUGAGGGUGCCGGGUGUCGGCCUGCUACCCACUGACUCUGGGCUGCCUCCCUUUGGAGGGUCCCUUUGCGUUAUUGCUGGACCCGUGGGUGAGCCCUUUCACCUCAAAGGGUGCAGGUUCUGCGUACUCCGCACCUUCUCUGUACUGCAGGGGCAUUCCCUGCCAGUGGGCCCUCUGGCAUACUCUGUAUAUUGCUUCGUGUCGGGGGGGGGGGAAGGGGGGCAGAGAGGGGGCUCUCCUCUCCUUAUGUUUUUAAUGGGCUCUGGUAGGGGAUCCUGGGAUGGGUGUGGUGCGACUUACCGAGCAAAAUAAACCUAGAUUCUCUAAACGUGGUGCUCUGUGAGCAAGAGUCCCGCAAGGGGCCAGGAGAGCCCCGAGGCAGUGCUAUCCUCCUCCUGCUAUCUGCAAAGCAGCUGCUAGAGGGUGGCCAACACUCGUGCUUCGCUGUGUCUUCAGUUCGACCAGUCGCUCCCUGGAGAAGCCAUCUGCUCCUAUGGGAACUCCCCUCCUCUCCCCUGUCCAUCCUUGCUGGGGGAAGCUAGAAUCCUGGGGCGCUGCCCAUCCCAGAUAACUACAAAUGCUGAGCUGCCACCAGCCGCUCCUGGGAACCCACCCACCACAAAAAGAAAAGGAGUACUUGUGGCACCUUAGAGACAAACAAAUUUAUUAGAGCAUAAGCUUUCGUGAGCUACAGCUCACUUCAUCGGAUGCAUUUGGUGGACUAGUGUGAAAGUGGCACUGUCUGUGCACAAGCAGAGGGAUGUGGCAUGAGGUAAAACCAUUGUGCCAGACCUGCCCGCUUCCCCUCACUGCUGGGGUGAUUCCCAACCUCAGGGGCCAGUGAGAGCAUAGCGGGGCUGAAGGCGUCCGUUGGUGAGCAGCCAGCAUAGUGCUGCAAGCUUCCAGGGACUGCUGCUCGGCACACAGGGCCCCAUGCUCCGUUCCCGGCUCAGCCCUCAGCCAGGGCCUUGCUUUUCCAGGGCCUGUUUGAUCCUCCCUGGCUCCCCGUCAGUCAUCUGAGCACCUGGUGCUCCCAGUCUGACUGCAUCAGUCCAGCCCCUUGCCAUGCUCUGUGCCCCCCUCCCCAGUCACCUGAUUAUCCAGAGGGGUACUGAGGUGCAGAAUAGAACCCAGGCAUCCUGCCACCCAGCCUUCUUUAAUCAAAUUGCCCCACAUGCUCACCAGUGGGCUGCCUUCAAUAUGGGGCUAUCUCCUGCUACCCCAGCCUGCCCUGCCAGGCCCCUCUGCAAGCUCCUAACUCCCACAUUGUAGGGAGCAAGGGUCACGCACUAGCAGCCAGUGCCCUGUGUGCUGAUAGGCCUAGCACAAAGGAGCUGGCUCUGCAUCCUCAGCUGACUGGGCCUUCCCCUGCUGAUGCUUUCCAGGCCUGAGCAGCCCAUGCCAGACUCCUCUCAAUGGAGAUGUUCCCCAGAAAUGGCCUCAACGCCCUUUCUUGUGGGGCCUUCAAUGAGAGAUCCUACUUUGGGAGCUCAGCCUGGCAUGCUUCCCUCCCUUCUCAGCCAGCCUAGUUUCAAUUCCCUGCUGGGAGCCCAGCACCCUCUGCUCCUGCUGAUGCCACCUCUGCCCUUUUCCAGGACCCACGCUGCCUUCCGGGGCUAAGAUGAAAGUAGCUGGGGGCUGGUGUCUAGCUGGGAGGGUGAGCACAGGGUCAGGGGGCCAUGCAGGGAGGUUUUUACCCACCAACUGUUGCUCUGUUGCUGAACUUGGAUCAAGAGCGCUGUCCUGUUCUACAGACGGUCACCUGGGCCAUAUGCCUAGGACAGUCAUGGCUUGUCAGCAGCUGGCACCUCCCAAGCUGCCCCUCUCCAGUUGCAUCUUCCCCCCCCCCCCAACCCCCCCUUUUUAAGCCUAGUGGAAGUCUCACGACCUGGUCCUGACAGCUCCUUCUCUAGACCCAUCACACCUUGGCUGAGGGCCCAGGGAGAGGGUGGCAGGGAAGGCCCAGGGCCUGCCCCCAUCCAGGAAGGGCACACAUUCCCGGUGCCCGCCCCCAGGCCACUCAGCUCUUUGAAUUGCAGUUUCCUGGCUGUGAGCAGGAGGCAGCGAAGGCCAGGGAGCUGGAAACACAGCUCAGUGUAUUGAACCCUCUAGGUCGCCGGGGUGCUGGAGCACGUGAUGUGAGAAGCAGAAGCUUUUGUGCAAGCCCCCAGGCUGAUGUGGAUACAGAAAUAACAAGGCCAGUGCUGUCUGCAGCCGCUUUCAGAUUCCUCUUGGACCAAGUCCAGCCUGCAAUCUGGCUGCAAAUCCUCCCCAGCUCCCCUAAGAGUGUGAAGCGCAUCCCUGGGGUUGUUUAAUGGGGGGGGGGGGACAGAUGAUCUCUCAGAGCUGCUAAUGAGCACAGGGAUUUAGGAGACAAUAAACAAGGGCUUGAGGGAUUCCAGAUGGGAGCAAAGUCUGGCCCAGAGGGGAGUCUGUGCUUUUAAGCAGGAGAGCUCCUGGGCUGGGAGGUGCCAGUUGGAGGAUGGGCCAGGAUAGCAUAUGGGCUAGAUAUUGUAUGUGCUGGACAUUAGUAUUGGGCAAGGGCAGCAUAUGGACUGGGAUAGCAUAUGGGCUGGAAACUGGUAUAUGGGCCACCAGCUAGUGUAUGAGUGGGGCUCGCAUGUGGGAGGGGACAGCAUAUAUACCGGGACGGUGUAUGGGCUCCGAGAUAGGCAAAGGCAGGACUUUCCUGGUUUGAAUACAGCAUUUGUCCUAGGAGCUCAGAGGUGGUUUUGAACCAUGCGUCAGACCAGCACAGCCUCUCCUGGGGCCAGGGUUAUGCUGGUCUUCAGGUGCUGUAUCCCAGUAUAGCUUGUUCCCCUUCCUGUGCAGGGCCAGCUCGACAGGCAUAAGUCCUCUUUACACCAGGGUUGCUGCGUCCACACUCUGGGUGGGCUGUGGUUAGAGUGAGACAAUUUGUGUGUCCACAAGCCUGACUAGGCUGGGGGCAAUCUGGGUCUGGUGGUUAGAGCAGGGGGCUGCGAGCCAGGACUCCGGGGUUCUCUCCCCAGCUGUGGGAGCGGAGCAGGGUCUGGUGGUUAAAGUAAUAGGUUAGGAUUCUUGGGUUCUCUUUCCCAUUGGGAAAGAGGAGUAUAGUCUGGGGAGGGGGGGAGGAUGCUCUCAGGACUCCAGGGUUCAAUUCCUACCACUCACUCUGUGACCUUGGAUACAUCCCUUCUCUGGGCCUCACGGGAACAGCAAAUUUACCCGUGUCACAGAGGGGUUGGGAAACUUCUUUCUUAAAUGCGUGCUAAGGUGUGCGAGCUUCUCAAAUGACAGGAGCUAAGGAAAGGCAGAGGACGAUUCAUUCCGUCAGGGGGAUCCUGCGGCAUCACAGACAGAGCUAGGGGCGCAGUAUCCCAUAUAUUACUCCACGAAGGAGCAGCUUUCAGCCACUCUCCAGAGGGCAGCAGAGCUUCUCCAAUGUCCCAGAAGCUUGGGCCAGCAACGUGUGUGCAGACAGCGCCCUUGAAUGAGCCAUACCUACCUCUCCUGCAAGGCCAGGUUCCUGAGGUCUGAGAUCAGGGGCAAUGUCCUCUUAAACUGUUUGACCUUCACCUUGGAAGUCCCAGUACUUUCCCAGUUCUGAUGCUUUGGUUGGAAAGGAAGCAAUGUCAGGUUUGGGGGGCGGGGGUGUCAGCAGGAAUGGGGGAAUACUCAUUUGGGCGGCCCCUUGGCCCACCUUUCAUGUGCAUCACACCCACCCCUAGAACUUCACGCAGUGGUGAACAAGAGAUCAUGUCCCCAGUGGGCUGCUUGGGGUGAGUCUCUGCACCACGUCUAAUGAGGACAGGAAGUGAGGGCCCAGCAACUGCACCGGUCCUAUUGGUCCUCCCAGCACAAUCCCACAGUGCCCCUCCAAUGAUCUCCAGCUACAGUCUGCAGGAACCGGGUGCAGAGCCCCCCUCUCUUCUGUCCCCCAAGUGCCCUGAUUCCACAGCUGUCAUCUUGCAAAGAGCCCUUCCCGUACACUGCAAGGGGACCAGCCAACAGUGCCAGGCCAGGGGAGCCUCUCUUACCUUGAGCUCCCAACUCAGUUUGUUGAGUUUCUGGAAGAGACCAUAAGCCGUGGUCUCCAUCCAUCACCUCCGUUUGCAGGGUGUGAUGUUAUUGACAUAAUCUCUAACUAUAGAUUACUGUUGCCACCACUGUUAUAUAGUUGCAGCAAAUAUUGUAUAGAGGCUGUGGAGAGAUUAUGGUUGCUGGUUAUGAUUGUGCUGUGUGUGUGUGUAUCAUUUUUGUAGUUGAAGUUGUGAAUAUUGGCUCUAUACUGUCUGUAUUUCAAACUUUAUGCAAUACUUCUGGGUGACACCUCAGACAAGUUAGUGUCAGCUUUACCUAGCCUGGUUAGUGGCUCAUAAGGACCAUCAGCUAUACAAUGACCCAUUGAGAGAAGGCAGAUACGCCUUGUGACUCAAAGUAUGCAGGGACUUGCCCAUGUGACUCCAAACUCCAUUGUGCUGUAAUUUUCCACAGUAAGAACAAAGAGGGGUUCUUAUACUUGGAAAAGACUAUAAAAGGCUGAUGCCUCAUCUCCAUCUUGUCUUCAGUCCUGCUUCAUACCUCUGGAGGGACUUUGCUACACUGAAGCUUUGAAGCAAGGACUGAAAGACCCAUCGCAGCUGUGGAUGUUCUCCAGAGACUUGAUUUGAACCUGCAGUUUAUUCUGUCACUGCUACAAGCCUGAACCAAGAACUUUGCCAUUACUGUGUGAAUUGAUUCCAUUUAAGCAAUUCUAGCUCUAUCUAUAUCUUUUUCCUUUUGUGAAUAAACCUUUAGAUUUUGGAUUCUAAA